UACCAAUCUUGUAUUUAAUAGUAUUCCUGUUCGUGGUCCCAACCAGUUCGAAACCCCAUCAAGUCCAUCACCAACUCGACAUCAUUCACUGCAGAGUAUUCAACAUGGCUGGUACUCUACCAGAGCGUGCAAUCCGAGUGCUAGGCGAUCCUUGGCACCACCUACCGCCAUCCUACCGAACGCCAGCCAUCCUCACGUCUUGCGCGGCCCUUGUGAUAAUCACGCCGUUCGCCUGGAGAAAGCUUACAUACAAACCAGAGUUGCCCCCUCGGACCCCAAAAGACUACCAAUAUCGACUGCACACCAUAGCCCAAGAGGGAUCCGCCUCCUUCACGCUCCCUGAUGACAGGAAGAUUGGGUACGCACAAUACGGGAAUCCCAAUGGGAAGCCGAUCAUAUCUCUACACGGAAUCCUCGGCUCAAGGCUUGAGAGCGCCCUCCUCGAUGCGGACGCUAAAGCUCUCGGAGCAAGGAUCAUCGCCAUCGAGCGGCCGGGCAUCGGCUUGAGCUCGCCAGACCCGAGGCCACUCAAGGAGAGGAGAGUGCUUGAUCACGCCCAUGACGUCGAAGCUCUCGCAGAAUAUCUCCAGCUGGACGAUUACGCUGUGCUCGGAACCUCCGGAGGGGGCCCCUACGCCCUGGCCUGUGCCCACUCCCUGCCGUCGUCUGCCUCCAAGCCGAGCCUUCGUGCCGUUGCAAUAGUGACGGGUCAGGGCCUUCCGGAUAUGAGCCAGGCGUGGCCGGCGCCCGUGGUAUUCCUGAACAAGCACUUGGAUCUCCGCUGGGCCAUGAGGUGGAUUUUCGCCCGUUCCCCCGCAUGGCAGCCGCAUCUUUCGGAUGAGGAGAAAAUGGAAGCCUUGCGACAGAGUUUUGACCUCAAGAAAGCCCAUCCGGCGGACGCCGGGACAGCCAGACGAGAGGACUACCCGGACAUGGUGCGGCUGUUUCUCUGCUCCGCGCGUGAGGCUGUGGCUCAAGGCUGGGACGGCUUCCUGGACGAGACGCAGGUUUUAUCCAAAGAGCCUGGGUUCCGCGUGGAGGACACGCGUGCAGACUUGCCGGUGCAGAUUUGGUGCGGGACAGAUGACACCAACGUGUCGCCCAAGGUCGGCGAGGAGAUUGUCCAGAGGCUUAGGGCUGGUGGUAACUCGAAGGCGGAGCUGCACAUGAUGGCAGGUGAGACGCAUGGAAGUACGCAGGUAAAAUACCGAAGAGAGGUCUUGAAAGAUCUGCUGAGAGCUAUGGAGUCCUAGACUGGGGCAGUGAGAUGAAGAAACGUCUCCCCUCUUUCUGUAUAUUGUAAUGAUCUCAAUACUGGCUGCUACGAGCUGUGUGAUAUGCAACUACUCCUCUAAUUGUUGGAUGUCUGUCAGGCUACAUGGAAUCGAG